UUUUUGAGGCGGCCGGGAAGAUGGCGGACAUUCAGACUGAGCGCGCCUACCAAAAGCAGCCAACCAUCUUUCAAAAUAAGAAGAGGGUCCUGCUUGGAGAAACUGGCAAGGAGAAGCUCCCGCGAUACUACAAAAAUAUCGGUCUGGGCUUCAAGACGCCCAAGGAGGCCAUUGAGGGCACCUACAUUGACAAGAAAUGCCCCUUCACUGGUAAUGUCUCCAUCCGAGGGCGGAUUCUGUCUGGUGUGGUGACUAAGAUGAAGAUGCAGAGGACUAUUGUCAUCCGCCGAGACUACCUCCACUACAUCCGAAAAUACAACCGCUUUGAGAAGCGCCACAAGAACAUGUCCGUGCACCUGUCCCCCUGCUUCAGGGAUGUCCAGAUCGGCGACAUCGUCACAGUGGGCGAGUGCCGGCCCUUGAGCAAGACCGUGCGUUUCAACGUGCUCAAAGUCACAAAGGCUGCUGGCACCAAGAAGCAAUUCCAGAAGUUCUGAGACUAGACAUCUGUCCACACCCCUGAAGAAAAUAAAGUUAUUUUCCC